AUGGCUACAUCAUCUCCAUCUACAACUAAUGUAACACCACAACAAAUUGGUAAAGCAUUUGUUGUUCAAUAUUAUCGUCUUCUUCAUGAACAUCCUGAAUCUUUACAUCGUUUUUUUUCUGCAUCGUCAACAUUUAUGCAUGAUGAUCUAACAAAAACUGUAACUGGUAUAGAAGCUAUUGCUAAACGUUCAUCAAUUGUUAUACAAGUUUGUGGAGAAAUAUCAUCAACACCUGUAACUGGUACUCAAACUCAACCAAUUAUGAAACGUUUUGUUCAAACAUUUGUAUUAACACGAGCAGAUAAUUCAAAACAAAAAUAUUAUGUACACAAUCACAUACUUCGAUAUCAAGAUAGUCCAACAACAAUUUUAACAAAUGAUAAUAAUACAAGAACGUCGCCAACAAUAACGAAUAAUAAUGAAGUGUCUAAUGAAUUAAAAUCUAUGUCUAUGGGUUUAAAUGAUCAAUUGAAAAAUAGUUUGGAUGGAUUCAAUAAGACACUGAAAGGUUUCAAAGGACAAUUAGAUACAAACUUCGCUUCUGUCAAUAAGAAUAUUCGAAAGUUAGAAAAAAAGUUUAACAAACGAUUUGAUCAAUUAUCAUAUAAAAUCGAUGAUAUCUAUGAGCGUGGUGCAAUAUUAGCAAUAAUAAAUCGUCUUCGUGCUGAUCAUGAAUUAGAUAUACAACAUUUACCAAAAGUAACAAGAAUGCAUAAAGGAUGGUCACUUGAUACUGUAACAAUCGAUAAUAUUGUUCUUCGUUCAUAUAAAGAUGAUAUUCGAGAAGCACCAAAUGAAGGUGUUUAUGUGUAUGGUCUUUAUUUGGAAGGUGCUGGUUGGAAUCGAAAAAAUACUCGUCUACAUGAAUCACAAAAUAAAGUUGUUUAUGUUCAAAUGCCUGUUAUUCAUAUAUUUGCUAUAAAUCCAUCUGUAACUAAUCAAACAAAUGGAAUAAUUACAAAUAAAAAAUUACGAUUAAAUCAAAUAUCACUUCGAACAAAACGAAAUGAUCAAAUUUCAAUUGCACCAUAUAUUUAUAUGUGUCCACUCUAUAAAAAACCAAUACGUACUGAUCUUCAUUUUAUAACUAUGCUUAAAUUAGCAUCAAAUGAUAUACCUGAACAUUGGAUAUUACGUGGUGUUGCUUUACUUUGUGACAUCAAAUAA